AUGGCCAAUACAUCUCAAAUACCAUUCUUACUAGUUAAAUCACUUGGUUCACUUGAAUAUGGAAAAUCAUUUUUAAAUCAACCACGUGGUAUUGCUUAUCGACCAUCGGAUUCAUUAUUGUUUAUUGCUGAUUCAAAGAAUGAACGUGUUGUUGCAUUUACAGAUGAUAAUAAAUUGGCUAAAAUUAUAAGUCAUUAUGGAACAAAAAAUGGCUUAGCUGUUAUGAGUAAUGAUCAGGUGUUAAUGAGUGAUGAAUUACAAGUAUUAAUAUUGAGUAAUGAUCUUCGUUUGACACGUACAAUUGCUUGUGAUGAUAUUCAAGCUGGUUUAACCAAUUAUCAAGGUAUUUGCGUUGAUGAACACGAUUUAAUUUAUGUGUGUGAUCAAGCUAAUCGACAAAUCAAAGUCUAUGAUCCAAAAAGUGCAAAUCUUGUACGAUUUUUUGGAGACAAAAAUUUAUUUAGUUCACUUGCAUAUUGUACAGCAACAAAUGGUCAUAUUUAUAUUACAGAUCCACAAGGUUCAUGUGUUCAUAAAUUUACACUUGAUGGAAUAUAUGUAAAACGUUUUGGUAGUGAAACAACAUCGGUUUUUCCUCAUCCUCUUUCAAGUCCUCGUGGUUUAACAGCAUUACCUAAUACACAUCAAUUACUUAUUGCUGAUUCUCAUAAUGAUCGUUUGGUACUUUUUGAUGAAGAUGGUGAAUUUCAAGAAGUAAUUACAGGUGGUAUAGAAUAUCCAGAAUCAUUAGCAACGAAUAACAAUGGCAAUAUAUUUGUUGCUAUGACCGAUCGAAUCGAUGUAUUUUCUCGAAAAAACUAA